GAUAAAAAUUAAUACCAUCUCUCACACCGAUCGAUCCCUAUUCUCCUCUUCCUCCCUCUCGCAUUCUCUCUGGAACUGUAUACUUUUUUGUUGCAAUGGAUGAAGAAUACGAUGUAAUAGUUCUUGGAACUGGUCUCAAAGAAUGUAUCCUCAGUGGUCUUCUUUCUGUCGAUGGAUUAAAAGUAUUGCAUAUGGAUAGGAAUGAUUAUUAUGGAGGAGAAUCCACCUCUCUAAAUCUCAUCCAGCUUUGGAAGAAAUUCAGAGGCGAUGACAAGCCCCCAGAGCAAUUGGGUUCAAGCAGAGAGUACAAUGUUGAUAUGAUUCCCAAGUUCAUGAUGGCAAAUGGUACCUUAGUCCGAGUUCUCAUCCACACAGAUGUUACUAAGUACCUGAAUUUCAAAGCUGUUGAUGGUAGCUUUGUGUACAACAAAGGGAAGAUACACAAAGUGCCAGCUACGGAUGUGGAAGCCUUGAAAUCUCCAUUGAUGGGAUUGUUUGAAAAGCGUCGUGCUAGGAAGUUCUUUAUUUAUGUGCAAGAUUACGAGGAGAAUGAUCCAAAAUCUCAUGAAGGGCUUGAUCUGAAUAAAGUUACUGCACGAGAAGUUAUUUCGAAAUAUGGAUUAGAAGAUAAUACGGUUGACUUCAUUGGCCACGCUUUGGCACUACACAAAGAUGAUAGCUACUUGGAUGAACCUGCUAUGGGAUUCGUCAAGAAAAUGAAGCUAUAUGCAGAGUCAUUGGCACGUUUUCAAGGAGGAUCUCCUUAUAUUUAUCCACUUUAUGGUUUGGGUGAACUCCCACAGGGAUUUGCUCGUCUCAGUGCUGUUUACGGUGGAACUUACAUGCUUCACAAGCCAGAAUGCAAGGUAGAAUUCGACGGUGAUGGGAAAGCAUACGGCGUGACAUCUGAAGGGGAAACUGCUAAAGGCAAGAAAAUUGUAUGUGACCCUUCGUAUUUGCCUGACAAGGUUAAAAAGGUCGGAAGAGUCGCACGUGCUAUUUGCAUAAUGAGUCAUCCUAUCCCAAACACCAGUGAUUCUCACUCAGUUCAGGUUAUUCUGCCUCAGAAGCAACUUGGACGCAAAUCUGAUAUGUACCUCUUCUGUUGCUCGUAUGCCCACAAUGUUGCACCAAAAGGAAAAUACAUAGCUUUUGUAUCAACUGAAGCAGAAACUGACCAUCCUGAUACAGAACUGCAGCCUGGAAUCGAACUACUUGGACCUGUUGAUGAAACAUUUUUUGACAUUUAUGACAGAUAUGAACCCACUAAUAAGGACAUAGAUGACAACUGCUACAUAUCUACUAGUUAUGAUGCAACAACACACUUUGAGUCUACGGUUACUGACGUGAUUGCAAUGUAUAGUCGAAUUACCGGGAAGGAACUUGAUCUGACAGUAGACCUGAGUGCUGCAAGUGCUGCUGCCAAUGAAUAAAAUCCAUCAAAUGUCUUCAUCGUAUUCUAAUAGUGUCAACAGCGAGAGAAGCCAAGAAGGACGCUCAAAAUUUUGUUUUUCUGAUGUCCUCUUAGCCAUUUUUCCCUUUCCAGAUAUUUCCUCAGUUUAAGUAUCGAAUAUUCAAGUAAUUUCCGUUGAUAUUUUUCAUAUCUCAAAGACUUACAGUUACUGUACUCCAGAACUUCUUGUAAUCCUCCUCUAUGUUUGUCGUCUGAGUUUGUGGAUAGUCCCACUGUUUUAUCACUAUUGGUAAGAUGGAAAAUUGAAAUAAAUCAUCCCAGUUUCAAAAA